AUGAACAUCUUGCUCUUCAUCAUAUCAUCCAGGACCCGUCUUAUAAAGCUCUACGGAGUGGAGAAGUUUCAAUGGUCAGUCUCUACACCAGUCAUAAAGGUGAUGUCAAAUGUCAGCAGCAGGGUGGUGUUACAGUGUGAGUCUGCAGGCCGGUAUCCAGAGCCUGAGCUGCUGUGGUUGGACGGUGAGGGAAACCUCCUCUCUGCUGGACCUACAGAGACCCUCAGAGGUCCUGAUGACCUCUAUACUGUCAGCAGCAGAGUGACUGUGGAGAAGAGACACAGCAACAACAUCACCUGCAGAGUCCAACAGAGGAACACCAACCAGAGCAGAGAGACACACAUACAUGUUCCAGGCUCUGCUGUCAGGAAGGAACCAUCGGCCACUUUCAUCAUCGUGAUCAUUGGCCUGCUGUACGUUGGCGCUGCUAUCGCUUUCGUUUGGAAUUUCAUGCUAUCAAAAAAACCUGACACCAAGGUGAAUGAAACUGAGCUGAAAACAAUGAAACAAAAACGCAGCAGAGCUCGUGGUGACGACACCGAGAACAAAGAAAUAAAAGAAGAGCCGCCAUCAGAACAGCUGGAAGACGACACAUCUGCUGUUGACAUGAGUGAGGUGAUCAAAGAGGGCGAGGAAAACCAGGAAACAGAGACUCGGAGUAUGGCACAGUCAGCCUUAACCAGCAGUGAAAACUAAAGAACAAGAAGCUCUCUGAGAGCACAAACCUCAGGCAGCUCGCUGUUUGUGCAGUGCUUACUUUUAAGCAAGAAUAGUGUAUUUUUAUAUAACAUUACACUGGAGUAGGAUAAUAAGUAUGUGAAAAUAAAUGGACAUUAAUGACUUGAACUUAUUAUGUAAUAUUGUACUGCAUUAUAUUUAUAACUAACUCAUUCAUUCUCCUGACAAUACUUUAAAGAUUUAACACAUUUUGGGGUCAACGUGAAAGAAAGACAGAUGUGAAAUGUAAAAGUGAGGUCAGAGGUCAAAACUGACAUCCUAUUUUAAAUGUACUUUCUAUAUGUUAACGAUACACACAUACACACCACACUUGUAAGAAUCAUAAAGUUUAACUCUUUUUUGUUAGUUUUCCAUCAGUAAACCAUCAAACAUGACCCCACUCUGAAUCCCUGAAAGUUUUAUCAGAAGUCAUUCAAACUUUUCCAGCUCUGGUGUUUACAGAUGCAAUGACCCACAGAGACGAUCAGAUGAUAGAAAAGUCCAAACUCAUGAUGUUUUUAAUUGCGUUUCACUUUCAGUUACUUUUUUGCUUUUGAUUAUCUGCUGACAAUUCAUUUCACUUUUCUUUAUGCAGCAUCAAAUCACAUCAGCAGUUAACUUCCAGGUUAACACAUUACAUUGUGUGUUCCCACUAGAGGGAGCUACAUAGCAAUCUGCUGCUAUGACACCAGGA